AUGAAGAGGUGGUUGGGGGUAUUGUUUGGGGGAUGUGGUAAUUUGUUGUUGAGUUAUGAUUGUGGUGUUGUGAGUAGAACUCCAUCCUGGACAGAACAAACACUCACCGAAAGACCACACCCCGAGGAUACGGUCCGGCCAAAUACCAGCAGCCUUCGUCACAGCCGGAACCUCCAGCUUUCUUCUUCGGUGGCCGACUUGUUCAACAUCUCUUGCCGUUAUCUUCCUAGGAGGGCUAAGUAUUCAGAUUACAGUAUCCCAUGAGCGGUCACUCUUCUACUAGCCAGUUUUUGUUGGCCUUAAGUACAGUAGAAGUAUGGAUAUUAAUUGAUGGUAUGGAUAUUUUGAAGGUAAAUAGUCACAGAAGCAAACAAAUAAUUACUUAACGAACAGAAAUGCCAAGAAUGAUUCAAUGGCAUGAGCACCAUACUCUAUUACAGGGGUCCCCAAACUUUUUGGCCCGCGGGCCAGAUUAAGACCUCGGCAUUAAUUUCGGCGGGUCACAUUGCAAACUCCAAAUUCCG